AUGGACCCGUUCAACGAAGUAAAAGAAGACGCUUGGAACACAGUCGCGUCACUUGAGAGCUUGUUGCGCCUGUCGGCGGCUGUCGGUGGUCCACCGCCUCCAGACACUAUUCUCGAUUUCAACAAUAACUACCAAGAGCUUCAGGAGAUCUACGACGACUUGAAACAGGCCAUUGCUAUUAGUGAGAGUCUGCCGGAAAAGUACCAAUUGAGUAGCGCCGAUAUAGCGGCUAGAAAGGCUGUUCUCGGUGAUCUACAGAACAAUAUAGCAGACAUUAAGUCCCAAUGGGAUUCGAUAAUAUCCCGGAAUGGAUCCAGUACGCCUCCAGCUGGAUCGAGAAAGCAACGAGAAGUUACGACCAUGUCAAAUAGAAUCAGCCAAGAUGAUGAAAGUAGUUCGAAUCCCGAGAAUCCCUUUAAUGACCAAUUCAACCAGUUCCAGCAGCAGGAGUUGAUUCAAGAACAAGAUGUUCAAUUAGACAGCAUUCAUGAAACAAUGAAAAACCUCAACAUGCAAGCACAGCUAAUGGGCUCGGAGUUGGAAGAGCAGGGUUUUAUGUUGGACGAGUUAGACAACGACCUAGACAAUGUAGAUAACAAGUUGAGGCGAGGACUCAACAGAGUCAAUUUGUUUAUUGAGAAAAACAGAGAAAGAGGAAGCGAUUGGUGUAUAGGGAUUUUGGCUGUAGUAUUGUUUAUUCUCUUGAUCUUGGUCAUAGCGAUCUAG